UUAUUUUGUUAAAAUGUAUAUAGAAAAUUAAUUACAAAUUAAUUAGAAGAGAAAAUUGAACAUAGUCUUGAUUACAAAUUUGGCAAGGAAAAUUGAAAGGGGGUAGGUAUGAGAUUAUAUAUUGACCAAAAAACUAACUUCACGCGCCCAUUUUCACGCGCUCAUCUUCUUCCCAAUAUAUAAACCCUUAACUUCUCUUCCAUUGUUUUUCAGCUUGCACGUUCCCUUCUCCCGGAGAACUGUACAUGCUCAUUCUUUCCUUUUCUUUUUGCCCCUUAUAUUUCAUUCUAUUUCUACUUUGGCCCCUCAACUAUGAAAUCCAUUACUUCUUCUUCCCCUUUAGAUCUGAAGUCCAUGACCCGAAUUGCGCCACCACCGGGUCUCGGGUUGACCCACCACCGGGUGGUGGUUGUUGUUCCCCGUCGUCUCUUCAUUCAAUGCGUUAACGCCAAUUCCAACUCCACCUACGGCGGCCACGUAGGCAGGGCCCGCCACGAGUGGCAGAGCGCCUGCGCCAUUCUCGCCAGCAAAGUUGUCUCCCAACAGCAGGACACAGAGAAGAGCGGCGGCGGCGCCGACGGUCUCUCCGCCGUCAACGGCCACCCCACGCUCGGCCUCGUUCCCGUCAAGGAAUCGUCCAGCUACCCCGCCCCGCUCCCGAAGCCGCUCAGCAUCACAGAUCUAUCGCCGGCGCCGAUGCACGGCUCUCCCCUCCGCGUCGCCUACCAGGGAGUCCCCGGCGCGUACAGCGAAGCCGCCGCCGGCAAGGCUUAUCCAAAUUGCGAAGCCAUCCCCUGCGAUCAAUUCGAGGUGGCGUUUCAGGCCGUGGAACUCUGGAUAGCCGAUAGAGCCGUGCUGCCGGUGGAGAAUUCGUUGGGCGGUUCGAUCCACCGGAACUACGACCUCCUCCUCCGCCACCGCCUCCACAUAGUCGGAGAAGUCCAGCUCCCGGUCCACCACUGCCUCCUGGCACUCCCCGGCGUGAGGAAGGAUUACCUCACGCGCGUAAUCAGCCACCCGCAGGCGCUCUCCCAAUGCGAGCACACACUCACGAAGAUGGGCCUGAACGUCGCGCGUGAGGCGGUGGACGACACCGCCGGCGCCGCCGAGUACAUCGCGAUGAACAACCUCCGCGACACUGCAGCAAUCGCCUCCGCACGCGCGGCCGAGCUUUACGGGAUGCAGAUCCUGGCCGACGGGAUCCAGGACGACUCGGGUAACGUGACCCGGUUCGUGAUGCUGGCACGUGAACCGAUCAUACCCCGGACGGACCGGCCGUUCAAGACCAGCAUUGUUUUCGCCCACGACAAGGGCACGAGCGUGCUGUUCAAGGUGCUGUCGGCGUUCGCCUUCCGCAACAUCAGCCUCACCAAGAUAGAGUCGCGGCCGCACCGGAACCGCCCCAUACGGCUGGUGGACGACGCCAACGUCGGCACGGCCAAGCACUUCGAGUACAUGUUCUACGUGGACUUCGAGGCGUCUCUGGCGGAGGCGCGUGCGCAGAACGCGCUAGCGGAGGUCCAGGAAUUCACGUCCUUCUUGAGGGUACUCGGCAGCUACCCCAUGGAUAUGACACCGUGGACCCCCUCCUCUCGCCACGAUUAAUUAAUUAAUUAUUUACCCCAGUACAAAACGUAAUUAAGUCACACAAGGGGGGUGUAUUUGAAUUUUGUAUUUUUCCUACAUAUUUUAAAUUUUGAUUGGAAAUAGUGUGGAAGAGAGGCAAGAAUGGUAGGUGAGUAUAAGUUUGUGGUACAUUGGGUCUAAAAUUAAUUAGUUAAUUAAUUAAUUAAUCAAUUAAUUAAUGAAUUGUUGAGUGUGAAUUGUAUUGGCCCUCAAUAUGUGGUGCUAAGCUUGUACAUUUACAAGUGAACAGUGUAUAUUCAAAGAAAAUAAAUAUAUCACGAUCUUGAACAAUCUUUUU